UACGCACGGACUGGAGAGGCGCAGGGACGGGCAGGAUUCUGUUGUUUUCGCAUUGCAAAAGCCUCCCCACAUAUGUAGCCAUUUCGAUGCAUUUGUUGCUGUAGACCUAGUGCUAGAAAACCUAAUGGAUUAGGCCGCUUUGUCCACGUGGCUCCGUUGUGCUCUGUGCUAAGCAAUGUGGACCCAAUAGAGAACUGGACACAGUGACACAACAGCUUCCCGUAGACAGUAGAGAAUGGGCUGUGUCCAAUGUAAGGAUAAAGAAGCAGCCAAACUCACAGACGACAGAGAGACCAGUCUCACCCAGAGCUCGGGGUACCGCUAUGGAGCCGACCCCACGCCGCAGCACUACCCCAGCUUUGGGGUCACCACCAUCCCCAACUACAACAACUUCCACGCCGCAAGCACACAGGGGGUGACCGUCUUCGGAGGGGUGCACACAUCCUCGCAGUCCGGGACACUUCGAUCCCGUGGAGGGACAGGGGUCACUCUGUUUGUGGCUCUGUACGACUAUGAGGCAAGGACAGAGGAUGACCUCAGCUUCAGGAAAGGAGAGAAGUUCCAGAUUCUAAACAGCACUGAGGGGGAUUGGUGGGAGGCUCGUUCUCUCACUACGGGUGGGACUGGUUACAUUCCCAGUAAUUACGUGGCUCCAGUGGACUCCAUCCAGGCCGAGGACUGGUACUUUGGUAAACUGGGCCGCAAGGAUGCAGAGAGGCAACUGCUGUCCAACGGCAACCCCAGAGGAACCUUCCUCAUCCGAGAGAGUGAAACCACUAAAGGGGCCUUCUCACUGUCCAUCCAGGACUGGGAUGACAUCAAAGGAGACCAUGUGAAACACUACAAGAUCCGCAAGCUGGACAGUGGCGGCUACUACAUCACCACCAGGGCCCAGUUUGACACUCUGCAGCAACUGGUGCUUCACUACUCUGCCAGAGCAGCAGGGCUGUGCUGCCGCCUGAUCGUGCCCUGCCACAAGGGCAUGCCCCGCCUGGCCGACCUGUCCGUCAAAACCAAAGACGUGUGGGAGAUCCCGCGGGAGUCGCUGCAGCUCAUCAAACGUCUGGGCAACGGGCAGUUUGGAGAGGUCUGGAUGGGCACGUGGAACGGCACCACCAAGGUGGCGGUGAAGACCCUGAAGCCGGGCACCAUGUCUCCCGAGUCCUUCCUGGAGGAGGCCCAGAUUAUGAAGAAGCUGCGGCACGACAAGCUGGUGCAGCUGUACGCCGUGGUGUCGGAGGAGCCCAUCUACAUCGUCACCGAGUACAUGAACAAAGGGAGUUUGCUUGACUUCCUGAAGGACGGAGAAGGACGAGGACUGAAGCUUCCCAACCUGGUAGACAUGGCUGCUCAGGUGGCAGCGGGCAUGGCAUACAUUGAGAGGAUGAACUACAUCCACAGAGAUCUGCGCUCUGCUAACAUCCUGGUUGGAGACAGUUUGGUGUGUAAGAUCGCUGACUUUGGUCUGGCCAGACUCAUAGAGGACAAUGAGUACACAGCACGACAAGGUGCUAAGUUUCCCAUUAAAUGGACAGCACCGGAGGCUGCUCUCUAUGGGAAGUUCACAAUCAAGUCAGACGUGUGGUCGUUCGGCAUCCUGCUCACAGAGCUGGUCACCAAGGGCAGAGUGCCCUAUCCAGGUAUGAACAACCGUGAGGUGCUGGAGCAGGUGGAGCGAGGCUACAGGAUGCCCUGCCCCCAGGACUGCCCCAUCUCCCUGCAUGAGCUCAUGGUGCAGUGCUGGAAGAAGGACCCAGAGGAGAGGCCCACGUUCGAGUACCUGCAGGCCUUCCUGGAGGACUACUUCACAGCCACGGAGCCACAGUACCAGCCUGGGGACAACCUCUGAGUGACCCAUCCCUACCUGCCCCUGUCUCGACCAGCAGAGGGCGCCAUCACCACCACCUCCACCAUCACCACUUAAUCUGUCUGAAGUGAGAUGAAUGACUUGACAGACUGACAACCUAUGUCCGAUACAGGGACCCUAGCCACCACUGCAAUGCAAAGACAACUUAGUAUCACUUUCCAACUUCCAGUUCCCUCUCUGAGAUUCGUUCCUGCUUUCUGACCUGACCCGCACCAUCUUCCAUUGAGAGGGAUAUGCAGUACUGACCAGACUAAGACCCAUCAAAAAGUGCUGUUCGAGGAAGCCUGGAUGAUACUAGGUUUGAAUGGGUGUGGUGGAAGGGAUGAGACAUGUUGUGUACUUGUAUUUAGUGUAAAUAUAAAAUGCUUGUUUACUUAUCCCAGUUUUUUUUUGUUCUGUUUACUUUUAUUACUUUUUAUAUUUUGGAAAUGUGUGGAUUUUUUUACAAUCCAGACCAAGAUUAGUGAGAAUUAUGGUUUGUAGCGAAGUGUACCAGUCACAGUUGAAAACGAAAAUGGUGAUUUUAAGUGUAGGAAUGAUUCUCGUUUGAAAUUGUGCAUUGGAAUAUCCCAGAAACCGCUCUCUGGGAGUCAACCAACCUUUUUUACGAGGUUAAUAAUGAUGACUCUUAUUGUCUUCUCAAGGAACUAGAUGUAUUAUAGCACCCGUUCUUGCCUUUUUAUGUUUAGUAAUACUCCUAAAAUGUAAGGGAAUGCCUUCAUGCUUUCUGAACACAAAAUGCCUAUAUUGCAUCAUGAACCUCUUUCCUCACCAGACUUGUAUGGCACCUGCACUGUCAGUGCCUCCAUCUGUAUUUGUGCUUCAGCCAAUGAUUUUGAACCAGCUUAGAGUAACCUUAGUUCAUAAUAGCGUCUUGCUGUUGUGAGGAGGGAUUGCAGCCCUUUACACACAGUGACAGAUUGUUAGACCGAUUGCUUAUAACAAUAAUAUUUUAAAUAGUGUAUGUUUGUUGCAUAUUGUAAUGGCAGCAGGCUGUGUAAGAAUUAUGCUUUGAACAUACAGUAUGUCCUUUGCUUAUAAGGCCAAACCAACAUAAACUGCCAUUUUAAUGACUGGAAUGAAGGAUAAAUAUUUGUUUCUCAAUCAUGUGUAUUUGGAAAUAACAUGUUGUGUAUGUGAGACCAAACAAGUUAAGUUAAUGUAACUGAUACUGUCUUUAACCUCAGAUGCCUAGCCAUAGGUUCUUAACACAGUCCCAAGUAACACUCCUAAUGGAUCAUGCUCUGAAUGACAAGACAACUUAGAAUUUGACGCCAUCUCUUUUUGAGUAUUUACAGGUUUGUUAUUAUUGUUUUGUGGGAAGAAACUGGUCAGAGAAUCCAUAGUUUUUGCAUAAUUUAUUUAACACCGCCCAGUAGAUAUUUGGGAUAUGUUUUGGUCCCUAUGUUAUUUAUUGUAUUUGUCUCAGUUAUACACGUUUUGAAAUAAACAACCUACCAUAACUUCCAUGGCAA